AUGUAAUCAUCUUAUGAUUAAUUAUGCAAAAAUAAAUAAUUAGCUUUUACUAUAUUUUCUAAGGUUAAAGAUCCUUUUCCAUUGAUUGAACAAAGUGAUAUAGCUGAAUUUGAGUUGGCAAAACAAGAGCAAAGAUCAAGAUUUUAAACUACUUUCUAUAGCUCACUGCUAUCUACAUGUAUUUUUUGCUUGAUUUUGAAAAUGAGGAAUCCUAUUUAUGCAUUGACUGCAAGGUAUAUCUCAUUUUAUAAAAUAAGAUCAUCCUUUUAUGGAUUGUUAAAGAAAUACUAUAUUGUUCCUAUUUUUCUAUCACAACCAUUCUAUAAUUAAUAUAGCCAACUUUAUGAUGAAAAAGUGAAUAAAAUAUUGAAAAAAUAUGAUUUCACUACUCUUUAAUUUCAAUAGGCCUUUAAAUAGAUUGAAGCUGAUGGAGGCAUACAGAAAUUUAUGAAAAAGCACCUUUCAGAAAAAGAUGAAGAACCGUAAGAAUCAGUCUAACAAACAUAAUUAUGA